ACAGUGUGACAUUUCGUUGAAUUUUAACUCGUCCUGUAUUAACUGGGACAAGCGAUUGGUAAUUAUGUCGAUUUUCUCUUUGACGUACUAACAUUUUACAAAUGUCAUCAGCUAAGGAUGGUCAAUUGAGUUCUACGUUGGAUUUUAGAGGGGAGAAAUUGAUUAGUGUGGCAACAACAACAACAUCCACUGCGGUGUGCGUUGAGGGGACAGGUGAAAUGAUGAGGUUAAUGAAGUCAGAAGAGGCGUCCCAGAAGUCUGUUGAGGAGGUACAAGCGGCUCUUGACACUGACUUCAACCUUGGGUUGAACGAAGCAGAAGUCGCGAACAGACGGCGUGUUCAUGGCUGGAAUGAAUUUGAAAUCUCCCAGGAGGAACCCCUGUGGAAGAAGUUCCUUAGUCAGUUCAACAACCCUUUAAUCCUGUUACUGCUGGGUUCAGCCUUUGUCUCUGUCUGCAUGAAGCAGUUUGAUGAUGCUGUCAGCAUUACAGUGGCUAUCAUCAUUGUCUCUACAGUGGCAUUUGUCCAGGAAUACAGAUCUGAGAAAUCUUUAGAAGCUCUCACAAAGCUGGUGCCUCCAAAAUGUCACUGUUUACGCCAGGGUAAUGUGGAGACAUUUCUGGCACGAGAGCUAGUGCCGGGGGAUAUCGUGUAUCUGGCUACUGGAGACAGAGUGCCAGCUGAUAUCAGAUUGAUUGAGGCUGUGGAUUUAGCAGUGGAUGAAUCCAGUUUCACAGGAGAAACUCAGCCCGUUACCAAGACAACGGCGCCUGUGUGGAAUGGCCACAAACAAGGAAAUGGCAUCGCACAGAGGAAUUGUGUGGCUUUCAUGGGCACCCUGGUUCGAUGUGGGAGGGGAAAGGGCAUUGUCAUAGGCAUUGGGGAGAACUCAGAGUUCGGAGAAGUUUUCAAGAUGAUGCAGGGACAGGAGGCCCCCAAGACCCCUCUUCAGAUCAGCAUGGACACUCUGGGCAAGCAGCUCUCCUUUUACUCGUUCUGUAUCAUCGGUGUCAUUAUGCUGCUAGGCUGGAUACAGGGCAGGAAAAUCCUCGACAUGUUCACAAUAGGAGUCAGUCUGGCAGUAGCAGCAAUCCCAGAAGGCCUCCCUAUCGUUGUCACGGUAACCCUUGCUCUGGGAGUCAUGAGGAUGGCCAAAAGGAAAGCCAUUGUGAAGAAACUUCCCAUUGUGGAGACUUUAGGUUGUGUGAAUGUGAUCUGUUCAGACAAGACUGGAACUCUGACCAAAAAUGAAAUGACCAUCACUCAGAUGUAUACAGCAGAUGGUAAAUAUGCUGAGGUGUCAGGAGUGGGAUAUAACGGGGAUGGUCAUGUGACCUGUGAUAACGAGGAGGUCAGGGAGCAGAGUCACCCAGGCUUUACCAAGCUCCUCGAGAUAGGCUGUGUGUGUAAUAAUGCUGAUAUCAGGGAUGGUGUUUUGCGGGGACAGCCAACAGAGGGGUCAUUUAUUGCUGCGGCAUGGAAGAUGAACCUGUAUAAUAUAACCCAGAGGUAUACCAGACUACAGGAGUGGCCGUUCAACUCCGAUACCAAGUAUAUGGCAGUUAAGUGUAUGGACAGAUUCAGUCAGGUAAAGGAGGAGGUGUAUUUUGUGAAGGGUGCCCUGGAGGUAGUGCUGUCCAUGUGUACCAGGUAUUACGACAAUGGGCUGGCGGUGCCGCUGGAAGUUAGACAGAGGAAAGCUUACCUGUCCGCAGAAUCUCAGAUGGGUGUGGCUGGGCUCAGAGUGCUGGGACUGGCGUAUGGCCCACAGCUGACAGACCUGGUGUUUGUGGGCAUGGUGGGGAUCAUUGACCCGCCCCGCCCCGGGGUCAGGGAAGCAGUGAGAGAGCUCAUCACUGGUGGGGUCUCUAUCAAGAUGCUGACUGGGGACUCUGAGGAGACGGCAAAGGCUAUAGGGUCCCGGCUAGGUCUUUACUCUGUAGGUGGCCACACCCUGAAUGGAGACCAGGUAGAUAACAUGGACAUCACUCAGCUUCAGCGGGUCAUCAGCAGUGUCUCCGUCUUCUACAGGACUAGUCCCAGGCAUAAACACAAAAUUGUCAAGGCAUUACAAAGCAAUGGUCAGAUAGUAGGGAUGACGGGGGACGGUGUGAAUGAUGCUGUGGCCCUGAGAAGUGCUGACAUCGGCAUCUCCAUGGGCAGAUCAGGCACAGAUGUGUCCAAGGAGGCUGCAGAUGUCAUUCUGGUGGACGAUGAGUUCUCCAUUAUCAUGUCUGCCAUUGAAGAAGGCAAAGCAAUAUUUUACAACAUCAGAAAUUUUGUGAGGUUUCAGCUGAGCACGAGUAUAGCUGCCCUGUCUCUGAUCACGCUGUCUACUCUCAUGAGGCUGCCCAACCCCCUCAAUGCCAUGCAGAUCCUGUGGAUUAACAUCAUCAUGGACGGGCCCCCUGCCCAGAGUUUAGGGGUGGAGCCUGUUGAUAAGGACGUGAUUCGUCAGCCUCCUCGGCGAGUGCGUGACCCCAUCAUCACACGUGCCCUCAUCAUCAAUAUCAUCGUCUCAGCCUUCAUCAUUGUCUCGGGGACGCUGUGGGUUUUCUGGAGAGAGAUGAGUGAUAACAAGAUCACACCCAGGGAUACCACCAUGACCUUCACAUGUUUUGUGUUCUUUGAUAUGUUCAAUGCCCUCAGCUGUAGGUCACAGAACAAGUCCAUCCUGUCUGUGGGCAUGUUCAGUAACCGGAUGUUCUUGCUAGCAGUGGGCGGCUCCAUCGUGGGACAGCUCCUGGUGAUAUAUUUUCCACCCUUACAAAAGGUUUUUCAAACAGAGGCUCUUUAUUUAAGUGAUUUUAUUUUUUUAAUAAUUCUUACGUCAAGCGUGUUCGUUGUUGCUGAAGUACGGAAAUGGAUGAACCGACACAAUGAGAGGAAGCGGCGGUUACAGGAAGAAAGUAUAUACUACAUGGAAAAUAUGGUCUGACAGGGCUCUUGGCACUUAGCGCCGGAACUACACGCACUCUGUGUAAAGAAAGAUGUAAAUGCAACACUGUGUUUAGUGUGAGGGUCCUGCGGGGGCGGUGCACCUAUUAGUCAUGGGACACGUACAAUGUAUUGACCAGAAGACACUGACUUAGUAACCUUUGACCUGAAGUCAACCACUGUGACUACUACUACAUAUGUAAUAAAACUGCAAAUAGUCCACUAUUUCACACACAAGUGUACCCUUUACGUUUACAUGUAACUUGUUGCUUUAAUCAGGCUCACUUCCUCUCUGCCAAUACGUGGAAAGAUCUGCCAGCAACCUGCAGAUGGUUGUGGGUAUCCCCCG